GAUAUUAGCUUCUUGUAAUCUCUCAGGCUCUAUUCCUAAACCUCUAUGGAAUCUCACCAACAUAGAGAAACUGUUCCUUGAUUAUAACCAUCUUGAAGGACCCAUUUCUGAUUUCUUUAGAUUUGGAAAGCUCAAUUGGUUAUCACUUACAAAUAACAACUUUGAUGGCCAACUUGAGUCCUUAUCCUUUAACAGAAUCUGGACACAACUUGAACUCUUAGAUUUUUCAUCCAAUUUCCUAACAGGUCCACUUCCUUCUAAUGUAAGUAGUAUGCAAAACCUACAACGUCUCUACUUGUCAUCAAACCAUUUGAAUGGGACUAUACCAUCAUGGAUAUUCUCCCUCCCAUCGCUAACUGAAUUAUCACUUAGAAAUAACAACUUUAAUGGCAAACUUGAGUUCUUAUCCUUUAACAGAUGGACGCAACUUGUAUUAUUAGAUUGUUCAGUCAAUUCCCUAACAGGUCCCAUUCUUUAUAAUGUAAGUGGUAUGCAAAACCUACAAUCACUCUUCUUGUCAUCAAACCACUUGAAUGGGACUAUACCUUCCUGGAUAUUCUCCCUCCCUUCACUAGUUGAUUUAGACUUGCGUGAUAACCAUUUCAGUGGAAACAUUCAGGAGUUCAAGUCUAAAACAUUGGAUCGAGUUUCUCUAAAACAAAAUCAGCUUCAAGGUCCUAUUCCAAAGUCACUCCUAAACCAACAUCAUCUAUAUUAUCUUGUCCUUUCGCACAAUAAUCUCAGUGGAAAGAUCGCUUCAACCAUCUGCAAUCUGAAAACACUACAUCUGCUAGAUUUGGGGAGCAAUAAUUUGGAGGGAACAAUCCCACUAUGUUUGGGUGAGAUGAGUCAACUUAUGAUUUUAGAUUUAAGCAACAAUAGUCUUAGCGGGAUAAUUAAUACAACUUUAAGUAUUGGAAACGAUCUUAGAAUCAUUAAAUUUGAUGGGAAUAAGCUAGAGGGGAAAGUUCCGCAAUCUUUGAUCAAUUGCAAAUAUUUGAAUGUUCUUGAUUUAGGUAACAAUGAGUUGAGUGACAUAUUUCCUAAAUGGUUGGGAGCCCUACCUGAGUUGCAGAUUUUGAACUUGAGAUCAAAUAAAUUCUAUGGCCCUAUAAAAGAUUCUAGGACUGACAAAUUGUUUGCUCAAAUUCGAGUCAUAGAUCUCUCUUCCAAUGGAUUUAGUGGAGAUUUACCAAUGAGCCUUUUUGAGAAAUUUGAAGCCAUGAAAAUAACUAGUGAGAACAGAGGAACCCGAGAGUAUGUAGCAGAUAUAGAUUCUUAUUAUUACACAAAUUCCUUGAUAGUGACAACAAAGGGACUGGAGCUUGAACUUCCUCGAGUUUUGACUACAGAGAUUAUUAUCAAUCUCUCAAGGAAUAGAUUUGAAGGUCAUAUCCCAAGCAUUAUUGGAGAUCUCAUUGGGCUUCGGACUUUGAACUUAUCUCAUAAUCGCUUGGAAGGUGAUAUACCAGCAUCACUGCACCAAUUAUCUGUACUUGAAUCAUUGGAUCUCUCAUCAAACAAAAUCAGCGGAGAAAUUCCACAACAGCUUGUAUCCCUCACAUCACUUGAAGUCUUAAAUCUCUCUCACAAUCAUCUUGUUGGAUGCAUCCCCAAAGGAAAACAAUUUGAUACAUUUGAGAAUAGUUCAUACCAAGGGAAUGAUGAGUUACGUGGAUUGCCACUCUCAAAAGAUUGUGGUGGUGAUGAUGGGGUACCACAAGGACUAGGCCAAGGAGAAGAAGGAGAUUCAUCAAUGAUCAGUUGGCAGGCGGUUCUCAUGGGUUACGGUUGUGGACUUGUUAUUGGACUGUCCAUAAUAUACAUAAUGUUGUCAACUCAAUAUCCAGCAUGGUUUUCGAGGAUGGAUGUAGAAUUGGAACACAAAAUUCUUACGAGAAUGAAAAGGCACAAGAAAAGAUAUUAGUGUGUUACCUCCAGGAUUCAAGUCUACUGCAUUGCUAGGAUGUGAAUAAAAGCUUUUACUUUCAUAGUUUGUGAUGUUUCUUAAAGUGUUUGUGUUUUGUUUCAUCAAGUGUUUGUUACAUUUUAUAUGUUUCAACAAAUUCAGCUUAUUCAAUUGCGA